AUGGGUCUGUCGUCCAGUCUGGGCUUAGCUGAGGACCCAGUGUCUCACUGGCCAGGGCCCAGGGAGCCCCCGGCUUUGAGGAAAAGGAGCCCCAGGGUCCUCCAGAAACUAGGGAAGGCGGACGAGACAAAGGAUGAGCAGUUUGAACAGUGUGUCCAGAAUUUCAACAAACAGCUGACCGAGGGCACUCGGCUGCAGAAGGAUCUCCGGACCUACCUGGCCUCCGUCAAAGCCAUGCACGAGGCCUCCAAGAAACUGAACGAAUGUCUGCAGGAGGUGUACGAGCCCGACUGGCCUGGCAGGGAUGAAGCAAACAAGAUAGCUGAGAACAAUGACCUCCUCUGGCUGGAUUAUCACCAGAAGCUGGUGGACCAGGCACUGCUGACCAUGGACACAUACCUGGGCCAGUUCCCUGACAUCAAGUCACGCAUUGCCAAACGAGGGCGGAAAUUGGUGGACUAUGACAGCGCCCGGCACCAUUACGAGUCCCUCCAAACCGCCAAAAAGAAGGAUGAAACCAAAAUUGCCAAGCCUGUCUCGCUGCUUGAGAAAGCCGCCCCCCAGUGGUGCCAAGGCAAACUGCAGGCUCAUCUCGUAGCUCAAACUAACCUGCUCCGAAAUCAGGCAGAGGAGGAGCUCAUCAAAGCCCAGAAGGUGUUUGAGGAGAUGAAUGUGGACCUACAGGAAGAGCUGCCGUCCCUGUGGAACAGCCGUGUAGGCUUCUAUGUCAACACGUUCCAGAGCAUUGCGGGCCUGGAGGAGAACUUCCACAAGGAGAUGAGUAAGCUCAACCAGAACCUCAACGAUGUGCUGGUUAGCCUGGAGAAGCAGCACGGGAGCAACACGUUCACAGUCAAGGCCCAGCCCAGAAAGAAAACUAAACUGCUCUCCCGGCUGCUCAGAAAGAAGAACAGUGACAACGCCCCUGCAAAAGGGGACAAGAGCCCUUCGCCUCCUCCAGAUGGCUCCCCGGCCGCCCCGGAGAUCAGAGUCAACCAUGAGCCUGAGCCGCCUAGCUCAGCAGCAGCAGGGGCCGCCCUCCCCAAGUCCCCGUCUCAGCUCCGGAAAGGGCCACCAGUCCCUCCACCUCCCAAACAUACCCCGUCCAAGGAGGUCAAGCAGGAGCAGAUCCUCAGCCUGUUUGAUGACACGUUUGUCCCUGAGAUCAGCGUGACCACCCCCUCCCAGUUUGAGGCCCCGGGGCCUUUCUCGGAGCAGGCCAGUCUGCUGGACCUGGACUUUGACCCCCUCCCGCCUGUGGCGAGCCCCGUGAAGGCGCCCACACCCUCUGGUCAGUCAAUUCCAUGGGACCUCUGGGAGCCCACAGAGAGUCCAGCUGGCAGCCUGCCUUCCGGGGAGCCCAGUGCUGCCGAGGGCACCUUUGCUGUGGCCUGGCCCAGCCACACGGCCGAGCCGGGGCCUGCCCAACCAGCAGAGGCCUCCGAGGUGGCGGGUGGGACCCGACCUGCGGCUGGAGCCCAGGAGCCCGGGGAGACAGCAGCAAGUGAAGCAGCCUCCAGCUCUCUCCCUGCCGUGGUGGUAGAGACCUUCUCAGCGACCGUGAAUGGCACCGUGGAGGGCAGCGGUGGGGCAGGACGCUUGGAUCUGCCCCCGGGGUUCAUGUUCAAGGUACAGGCCCAGCACGACUACGUGGCCACCGACACGGAUGAGCUGCAGCUCAAGGCUGGUGAUGUGGUACUGGUGAUCCCCUUCCAGAACCCUGAGGAGCAGGAUGAAGGCUGGCUCAUGGGCGUGAAGGAGAGUGACUGGAACCAGCACCUAGAGCUGGAGAAAUGUCGGGGCGUCUUCCCCGAGAACUUCACCGAGCGGGUUCAGUGA